CUUCAAAAUCCAAUAAUGGAUAGAGAGUGUGAUCCAGCAGCAGAUGAAGGAAGAGCAGAACCAAGGAGUAAGAAGAAUAAGAUGAAGAACAAAAGGAGGUUUAGUGAUGAGCAAAUCAGGUUGCUCGAGUCGAUAUUCGAAUCAGAGACGAAUCUCGACCCGAGAAAGAAGAUGCAACUGGCGAGAGAGCUGGGGCUCCAGCCUCGCCAAGUAGCUAUAUGGUUUCAAAACAGAAGAGCCAGAUGGAAGUCCAAACGGAUAGAGCAAGAUUACAACACACUCAAAGCAAAUUACGACAACCUGGAAUCGAGAUUCGAAUGGUUGAAGAAAGAAAAACAAUCUUUGAUUUUACAGAUGCAGAAGUUGAGUGAACUGCUGGCCGAGCCUCGUGGAAGAAACCGUGUUGAUGGAAGCAGCGCAGUUGAAGCCGAAGCACAGCCAAGCUUCGGACAGGCUGAGAACAACAGCGAUGAUGUUAAGCAAACGGGAUUGGCCGCUGAAGAAUUUCUGAUGAUUGAUGGGCUUGAUUCGGCGGCCAUGUUGGAUCAUUCAUGUAGCACAAGUUCUCAGUGGUUAAACUUCUGGACUUAAAACAUUUCCAGGUCUGUUUGAUAUCAGGGAACUUUGAAUAAUCAAGCAGUUAAAUGAAAAGAGCUAGAAGACAUGGUAGCAACCGGUGACAACCUGUUGACGACAAGAGAUCUUCCGAAGAAGAAAGAGCAGGAAGUAUAUAAGUGUCGGUCAUGGACUCAUCUUUCAGAUUCCAAGAAUUUGCUACAACACA